AUGAAAUCCAUCGCCGCCGUUGCCGUCUCCGAGACCCCUCACCCCUUCCCAGAUAGCCACCGUCGGGUUCUCCACCGCCACCACUCUUUUCAUCCUGGGAUCCACCAGCCUCAGGUCCUUGCUCUACUGCUACAUCUCUCUCCCCGACGUCAGCGACGUCCAGCUCUCUCAGGGCCUCUCCUUCGCCGUCUCCGUCGUCAAGUACAUCCAGUUCAAUCAAGAUUUUGUUGCCUCCAAACCUACCACAGCCAGGUCUUGGCACGACCUCGACGACCUCAUCCUCGCCCUCUCUGCCCUCCUCUUCCUCGUCUUCACCACCGGCUCCUGCUCUGA